AUGGCGAACCCUAGCUCCACUAACCGGUUCCAUCGACCAAUCCAUGAUUUGAGGAUUCUUGCAGAACAACAUUUGAGAGAGAUUGAAGACGAGCUUGCUCAGGAAGAGAAAGAUGACGCAAAGCGGCUUCAAGAUCUUGAACGUUACACCAAACGACGGCGCGGCCAGGAUGAAACUCCUCCAUUCUCAGACCGGCCGCCAACAGCUAAGAUGCGACCAGCACAAGUUAUUUUGAAUCGGCUCAAGUGGGAUCGAGAGCUUGACAUCACAAAGUUCCGAGUCGGGUAUCUCGAAAGGUUUGCAGGAAUUAGGGAAAUUCCAGCUCAAGAUUGGAUCAACGAGGUCACUGAUGAGGACUGGAUUCCGCAACAUCGCAUCAAAUACUUCAAACGUUUGUUUGAUGAUGGAAGUUCCCAGGUUGUGUGGGAUCGUGACCUCAAGAUUGACAAGAUGUCCGGACCCACGGCAGACACAUUCCACAAGGACCAUGACAGGCCUGGAGAUGUAGGAACAAGCACAAUACUGCAAGACUGUUUUCCAAUCGGAUCGGAAAAAUAAGGGAUUUAUGCAGUCAGGCUGAGAGACUGCAAUCACACCAACACUGGACACGAUGUCAGGGGCCGGGUUCUCGCAGUUGGUUCUGCUCGCGUUUGACGCGGAUCAAAUGGUCUUGUCUUUGUGCUCACGGAAGGUUAGUCCACGCCUUAGUCAACCUCGGGUGCGAGUGCGACUUUUAUGCAGUCGCUUCGUCCCCCCACAUUCUCGAGAGGAUUUAACGGGUGAUGGAUCAUCUCAAGCUGUCCACUUUUACAACCAUUUCCUGAAGUCGAGUGAAAAUACAAUGCAUUUGUUCAUG